UGCACCACUAUGACAGGUAAAUACGAUCAGAAGCUGUCAACAGGUACGUGUGUAGCCGAUAAUUCAGUAUGAUUGCUCAAACCAUCCUGAUGGCGACUAUGCUGACACUGGUCACUUCCUGUCCAAAUGAUGCGGUGUCCAAAGACUUCUUGGACUAUCUUGAUGACAGCGUGCUACAUUACUGCGAGACCAACAAGGCCUCGGACUACAUGGCCAACAGGACGGCCCUAAUCGACUGCAUCAAGGUCAGGUACCACAGUCUCAAGGUCACGAUGUUUGGCAGGAACUUCGCGUCGCUAAGCAAUGAAGCUUUGGACAAGCUGGAGGGCUAUUUUGUGCGGGUUGUCGGUUCAUGCUGGAAUGCUUCCGUAGAUCACACUGCUUUCAACGACUGUGUGGCCACCACUUACUACGCUACCUACAAUUACACAGAAAAUCACCUCAAUGGCGACAUCUCCAAGGAGUUUUUAGACUUCCUUAAAUGUAAUCUGUUAAUCCCUUGUGAGACCGACCCAGAUGUUCCGUCAGACGAUCGACAUGCGCUCAUCGCGUGCAUCAGAGAGGAUUACCAUCAGCUGAAGGCCUACGGGUUUAGCUCGGAGUUCUCCGCCAUCACCUCCGACUCAUUGGACGGCCUGGAGAGAUACUUCGUGGGGGUAGUGAUUGAGUGCUGGGACGAUUCUAUCAGUCACACCCAGUUCAACAAGUGUGUCGGCGACACAUACUAUCACAACUACGGCUACAAGCAGCGCACGCUCAUUCACCUUAUCACCAGGUUUUUAAACAAGAUAAAGACAUAAACUGUUGAUAAGGUUAUAUUCAGGUUAUAUUGUCGAAAUAGGAUUCGGCUUAUGUUCGUAAAGAAUGGAUUAUAAGAAUUACCACGAGAUUUUGAGUGCUAGGACUGAAAUAUUCUACCAUAAAUCGGUUGCUAUAGUUCACACUGUUACAGCCAGACUAUGUAUUCGGUUGAAGUUCAGUCUUUGUUACGGUUUGUGCAAUGAUUAAAUGAAUAUUUUGAAAUGUGA